UAAACCUACCUACUCUCUCUCUCUCUCUCUCUCCAAGCAUAAUCAUCGUCAAUCUAUGAUAUCCACUCGGUUUCUCUCUAUAACGUUCCGAAAGAUAUAUUUAUAGAAAGAAAAAUUGAAAAGAGAAGCCCCACUAAAUUGAAAAAUUUUCCUUUGCAAUUUGGACCUCUUCCCUCACAUCAAUUUUUAUUUUUUUAUUUUUUCUGUUAACAGUCCACACCAAAAAAAGGAGACAACUUCAGAAUUCAGAACAUCUAUUUUUACAUUAUGUCCUCCUUUGCUCAAAUCAUCCCCAAAAUCCGGACUCUCUUGAUCUUUGUAAACCCUCUUUUCUUCAUCAUCCAUUCCCAUAUAAUUUAUUCCUAAAUUAGACAAUUUCCUUCUCCUCCUUUUUUUUUUUUUUUUUUUGCUAAUCAAAAGAAACCCCGUUUCAGUAAAGACACUACCCACCUUAUUCGCCUAUAUUUCUUCUCUUUUUAAAUAUACAUUGCAAGAAAAGAUUUUUCUUUUUUCUGGGUUCGCCUAUUUUUCCCUCUCCAUAUUCGCUUUUCUGGGUCUGAGGAGUUGUUUGAAUUUUCACAUUGAGCCCACCUGAGGAAAAUAAAAAAAUAAACAAUUUUUUUUUUUUUGAGGGAGUAUUUUAGUUUUGUUACAGAAGUUCAAGUUCCUUAUGGCAGCAGCCAAUUAUAUUGUUUAUCUACAUGUGAGAUUUUGGUGAUAUGCUGAGUUUCCGGCUUUUCUUCCAUGAACUUUUGAGGUACCCAUUUGAGAACAACAAGCUGGUGGGUUUUUGACCUUUUCUUGCUUAAAACAAAGAAGAUCAGCCUUUGAUCUGCCACAAGAAGCAAAAGAAAAUAUGUACGGAGCUCAAAGCAAAAGAGACCUUGCCUUAGAAUUCCAAUCCCAAAUACCAAUUCUGAGGCCAAGCAUCCAUGCCAGGAGGGCCAAUCUGACUGUGAAGUUCCAAGACCUUUAUGGGUUCACAGUAGAAGGGAAUGUGGAUGAUGUGAAUGUGUUGAAUGAGGUGAGAGAAAAGGUGAGGAAACAAGGAAGGGUUUGGUGGGCAUUGGAGGCCAAUAAAGGUGCAAAUUGGUACCUGGAGCCUUCCAUAUCAGAAGGGAUUGCCUUGAAAUCUUCUCUCAAAUUUUCCACUCUGGCAAAUGCCAUUACCUUGAAGAGGCUUAUUAGGAAUGGAAUUCCUCCACUUCUUAGGCCCAAGGUUUGGUUUUCCUUAUCUGGGGCUGCGAAGAAAAAGUCAACUGUGCCUGAGAGCUAUUACAAUGAUCUCACAAAGGCUGUUGAAGGGAAAGUCACACCUGCAACUAGGCAGAUUGAUCAUGACCUUCCACGGACCUUUCCAGGUCACCCAUGGUUGGAUACUCCAGAGGGCCAUGCUGCUCUGCGACGUGUUCUUGUUGGGUAUUCUUUCCGUGAUUCCGAUGUAGGCUAUUGUCAGGGCUUAAAUUAUGUUGCAGCAUUGUUGUUGCUUGUAAUGAAAACAGAGGAAGAUGCAUUUUGGAUGCUUGCUGUCCUCCUGGAGAACGUUUUGGUUAAUGACUGUUACACAAAUAAUUUAUCGGGAUGCCAUGUGGAACAAAGAGUUUUCAAGGAUCUACUUGCCAAAAAAUGCCCUAGGAUAGCCACUCAUUUGGAAGCAUUGGACUUUGAUGUUUCCCUUGUUGCCACUGAGUGGUUUCUUUGCCUCUUUUCUAAGAGUUUACCUUCAGAGACAGCUCUUCGGGUAUGGGAUGUCCUUUUCUAUGAGGGAGCAAAGGUGCUAUUUCAUGUGGCUUUGGCAUUCUUUAAGAUGAAGGAAGACGAGUUGCUUUUAACCCAUCAUGUGGGUGAUGUAAUUAAUAUUUUGCAGAAAACUACUCAUCAUCUCUUCGACCCUGAUGAUCUAUUGACGGUGGCUUUUGAUAAGAUAGGAUCAAUGACCACCAACACUAUAUCUAAGCAGAGGAAAAAGCAAGAACCUGCUGUGAUGGCGGAGCUUGAUCAGAGAUUGAGACGGUUAAAUUCGUUAAAAUUGGACGACAAGUAGCGUUUUCUUUGUCAAGCUCAUCAAACUGUAAAAUGUCAUGCAUCCUCUAGAUGCCUGUUGCCUUCUUAAGGAAGGGGCGAGCUUGAAUUUGUGCCUUUACCAGCUUAAAGUGAGUGCCUGUUGUUUUUCAGGAUUUUGUAGGGCAUAAAAAUGUAAAUUUUUAAUCUGUUACCAUUUAACCUGGUUAAGAGACAAUGCAAAACAGGGCAAUGCCCUCUAAUUUUUUUAAUUAUUGUUAUAUAGUGUACAAUUAUUAUUUGAGUAGAAGCUAAUUCUUAUUUCCAUCCUUUUGGAUAAUGGAUUUUAUAAA